AUGCACUGGGUCCUCUACUCGCUGCGCAAGCCAGACAACACAGCAAUACCGUUCCGCGUCCACAAGCGUCUGGUUAUGUCACCGAUUGGCGAACCGCUGGAAACCGUCGAGUCUGUCCACGAGCUCAUUGUUGUGCUAGGCGAUGCGAUGCGCUGCCACACCGAGGUUCUGCAGCGGUGCAACAUCCUCCACCGCGACAUCUCAGACAACAAUAUCCUUGUCGUGCGUGAGGAGGGCAGACCAGUGCGUGGGCUAUUGGUAGAUUUCGACAAUUCUCUGGAUAUGGAAAAGGAUAAUGGCGAAACCCUCUGCAUCGGCACCAAGCGGCCGCUUUCGGACCCCGACCAGCCAGGCAUCGACCUGCAAAUAUACCCACCCAAGAGGGUGUGCACUUCUCGUGUGAGUGACACCAGCAAAACGCUCAACCCCAGCACCAAGAGAAAGUUCACAGAUGAUGACAGUUCGCUCGAUGAUGAUGACCAUGACUCGUUGGUGUUGCGUACCCGGAUUAUUGCCCGCAAAACUGACAGCCAUUUACGCGCAAAGAAGCGCCAGGCCACAAGAAACAAGACUGUGGGCAGACGAGUUGAACGAGUCUUCCAGUUCCACAGUAUCCUCAGCACCGAUGAUGACGGCGACGACGAGACAGACACUGAGGCAGACAUGUGGGUCAAGACGCGGCUCAUCAGAGAUGCAGAUGCAGUGCUCGACAUCGCAAAACCGCGGAGUGCUGCCGGGAGAGUGCUUGUCAGCAACAUUUCCAAGCACAUCUCAGCUGAGCUAGAGCAUCGGCUCAACACAGCUAGCACAUACGCAAUAGCUGACACCAGCAAAACCCAGUUGGCUUCGGAAGCGCCCAUGCAAAACAACAACUAUCGACAACUGCUGCUCUCCGACACAACAUAUACCAUGGGCAAGGAUGAGCACAGCGCAGCCAUCGCCAAUGCAUUUGCAGGAGGCAGCAGUAUCGAGCCGCUCAACAGCUUCUGCUAUGAUGAUGCAUUCGCUGUCAUCGAGGCACGACCAGGCAAAACUCGGCGCACCAUUGACAAGGCAUAUGCGCAGCUGAUGCAGAGCACACGCAGCAUCUAUAAGGCUCAGUUCGACCGGCGCUUUGCUUUUGGCUUGACCGUCUGCGACAAUGAGGUGCGGGUGUGUCUAUUUUCCAAUGACGUGGUCUUCUCGUCCAGCGCUCUUGACAUAUCCACUGCAUUUGGUCGCCAACAGUUCAUCGAGCUGCUAGUUUACUGGUCUCUCUGCGAUGAGGACCAGUUGGGAUUCGACACGACAGUCUACUGGGACAAGGAUAACAACUACGGGACCAUCGAGUGUCCUGACAUAGCAGACGAGUCAUCGUGUUCUGCAGCCACAAAAAUGUACUACUUUGACAAGGUGCUACCAGGAGCAGACAGCCUUUUCGGUCGGCACACGAGGUGCUUUUUGGUGACAGACGAGAGGCCUUCUGGCGACAAAAUCAAGCCCAAGUUUGCUUUGAAGGACACAUGGCCGGAGGCCACAGAGGACCCUGCCAGAGACAGACGAGACGAGGUGAUGUUUAUGCGCAGAAUCACAGAGGAACUUGUGAACUCAGAUGUCGAGGACCUGGUCUAUCCAAGGCUCGAAGCCGGUGGUCGUGUUUCGUUCGAUACUGACGGGGGCCGAUUUGAGGACAACACAAGAAAUGCACUGGGCCCGCUCUACUCAUUGCGCAAGCCAGACAAUACAGCAAUACCGUUCCGCGUCCACAAGCGUCUGGUUAUGUCGCCGAUUGGCGAACCGCUGGAAACAGUCGAGUCUGUCCAUGAGCUUAUUGUUGUGCUAGGCGAUGCAAUGCGCUGCCACUCAGAAGUGCUGCGACGGUGCAACAUCCUUCACCGUGACAUCUCAAACAACAAUAUCCUUGUCGUGCGUGAGGAGGGCAGACCAGUGCGUGGGCUAUUGGUGGAUUUCGACUGCGCAGUGGAUGUAAGUGAGCACCAGGCGCCGAACCCAGAGAAUGUGGGGACAUUCCCCUACAGGAGCAUCAGCAAUCUAUUUGGAUCAAAUGUGGAGCGGACAGAGUUGGACGACUGGGAGUCGCUAUUCUACCUACUAUGUCACUGCGCAACGCACCUGGCGCAUAUGGAAGCAAUGGAGUUUUAUGACUAA